AUGUCAGGACUCGUGAAGCAGAAGCUGAGCGUACCCAGGAAGCUUUGUCAUGAUCGGGGCUAUCUGGUGACUCAGGAUGAGUUGGAUCAGACCCUGGAGGAGUUCAAGGCCCAGUUUGGGGACAAGCCUAGUGAAGGGAGGCCGAGGCGCACUGACCUGACAGUGCUGGUGGCUCAUAAUGAUGAUCCUACUGAUCAGAUGUUUGUUUUCUUCCCAGAGGAGCCCAAGGUUGGAAUAAAGACAAUCAAGAUGUACUGUCAGAGGAUGCAGGAGGAGAACAUCACCAGAGCGUUGAUUGUGGUACAGCAAGGCAUGACUCCCUCAGCAAAGCAGUCCCUGGUAGAUAUGGCUCCCAAAUAUAUCCUGGAGCAGUUUCUGCAGCAAGAGCUCUUGAUCAACAUCACAGAACAUGAGUUGGUUCCAGAGCACGUGGUCAUGACAAAGGAAGAAGUAACUGAGCUACUAGCCCGAUAUAAGCUGAGAGAGAACCAGCUCCCACGCAUACAGGCUGGGGAUCCAGUGGCCAGGUACUUUGGAAUAAAGCGAGGUCAGGUAGUCAAGAUCAUAAGACCUAGUGAGACUGCAGGCCGCUACAUCACCUACAGAUUGGUGCAGUAAUUCAGAGCUGUCAGGUGUGGAAGAGAAUUCUGUGACAUCUCCUGAUCUUCCCCUGCACCACCGAUUUACAGACACUCUGGGAUGUCUGCCAUGUUUUAUAAAUGGCUGAGAAAAUUCUUUCUGCGUUGCCUCUGUGCAUUCAUGUUACCUGGCCUGUAACUCCUCGUUUUCCAGUAUGGAUUUUGUUGUAACUCCUUAUUCUCCUAUGAGGGCUCAUGCCAUGAAACUAACCUGAAGCAACUGAAGUGUGCAGGGAGGAAGUGAGUGGAAAGAAGGCCUUUGCUUUCCUAUUUUAUAGGGCUUUAUUUCUAAUAAAGGUUUGUACUGUUAUUCUUCAUCACUA